AAAUUUCAAGCAACUUAAGCCAAAUGAAAACAAAAAUUAAACAAAUGCAAUUUUAGUAUUAACAAACGCUCUUAGGAGAAACAGCAGAAAAGCGCUUGGGAAAUUCUACACAAAACGUAGCUGGAAAAAGAUUUCAUUGUAAAAAAUUGAAAUUGUGUUUCGUUGCUUGCUUGCGUGCGUGUAUGUGUGCGUGUGUGUGUGUAUGUGAGAGCGAGAAGCACAACACAAAAAGGAAAGCAGAAGCAGCAGAAAUACAAAAAAUGUGCGCCAGGCAAAUGAAGCAACAACAACAGCAGCAGAUGAUGUAAACUUUUGUUGUUGUAAAGUUGGUGAAAAACUUAUCGACAAGGAGCAAAAGCAAAAAACUAGAAACGCUUUAUUGAGUGUGUGUGUGUGUGAGCGAGUGAGUGCAUUUGCCAAGAGCUUUUCAAGAUGCCGGAAACGGAGUACGAGUGCUGCAGCAAAGAGUGGCUCCAAUCGGAGCUGAGAGCCAACUGCGACGCCGCCAAGAAGCUGAUCAUACUCGACUGCCGCGGCUCUCAGGAGUACAGCGAGUCGCACAUACGCAGCGCUGUUAACUUUAGCAUACCCAGCAUUAUGCUGCGCCGUCUCGCCGCUGGCAAGAUCGAUUUGCCCUCCACAAUCAAAUCGCAAGAGCUUAAGGAGCGCAUCCAAACGGGCUACAAGCUGAGCCUCUUUAUACUCUACAACGAUGUGGGCGUGCCCCAGCAGCAGCAGCAGCAGCCCCCUCAGGAUGUGGCCGGAGCUCUUGCAAUGUUCGGCAAUGGAAACGAUGCCACGAUCAAUGUGCUCCAUCGCCGGCUCAAGCAGGACGGUUGUCGCGUCGUCUCGCUGCAGGAUGGCUUCUCCAGUUUUCGCCAAGCAUUUCCGGAGUGGUGUGAGGACGAUAACCAGGCGCACAACAAAGAAAUGGAAUCUAGUCGCAAUGCACAGGCCGAUCAACUGAUGGGUCUUAGAUCGCUACGCAUUUCCACGCCACAUUCCGAUUCGGCGUGCAGCAGCUCGGCCGAAUCCUCGGACUGUGAGAGCACCACACACCAUCAUCAUCAUCACCAUCAUAAUUUCAAUGAAGCGCCCGUGGAGAUAAUACCCGGUCUCUUUCUAGGCAAUGCCUCCCACAGCUGCGAUUCGAAUGCUUUGCAAAAGUACAACAUUAAGUACGUGUUGAAUGUGACACCAGAUUUGCCGAAUGAGUUUGAGGAAUCGGGCAUUAUCAAGUAUCUGCAAAUACCUAUAACCGAUCACUAUUCCCAGGAUCUGGCCAUGCAUUUUCCAGCUGCCAUACAUUUUAUAGAGGAAGCGCGCUCUGCUAAUUCGGCGGUGCUGGUCCACUGCCUGGCGGGUGUCUCACGCUCAGUAACGGUGACGCUCGCCUAUUUGAUGCACACGAGGGCGCUCAGUCUGAAUGAUGCCUUCAUGCUGGUCCGCGCCCGCAAGCCGGACGUCUCGCCGAAUUUCCACUUCAUGCAGCAGCUGCAAUCCUUUGAGAGCCAGCUCCGUCUGAGUCCCUGCGAUGGCCAGGCCAUGGAUGAGGGCGGCAGCGUCAAUAUCAUUGGACCAACCGCUGGCUGCUCCUCGGCCACGGCGCUGACUGCCAAUCCCAGCCUGGUUGCACGCUGCGGUCGUGGCUCAAAGUUCUCAUGCAAUUGCAUUGCCCCCGACUGCAAGUGCAUGCAAACGGGCGGCUUUAUGGCCGCGCAUCUGGCCAAGGCGACCGGCGUCUCGCCCGAUUCGGGCAUUGAGUUCGAUCGCUGGACGCCAUCGUCGGAUACGGGUCUCAAAUGAGAUCAGUGUGUGGGAAAGAGUUUUGUUCUGCCGCCCAGUCAAUGUCAGGAUUCAACAACAGCAUCUGCGGCAGCGGCCAAUUCGCCGCCACCCAUGGGCCUGAUAUCCAGCAAUGCGGACAACAUGUCACCAGCCAGCACCACCAGUUCAUCCACCUCGACUACGACCACAGCCGAGGCUGUUUCAGUUGUUGAGCUGGUGCCUGCCAGCGCUGUGGAUUCCAACAGCGAGUAGCCGUAGUUUCUGGAUGCGGACAAGUAGAAGCAAAACUCAUUUUCCUACUUUGGUUGUCGAAUACACACAGACCUAAUAAAGAAAAGAAACACACACACUUAUCUAUGAAAAAUAAAAUAUAAUAUAAUUAUAAUAAUAAAA